AUGCUUCUGCUGGGCAUCUUAGCCUUGGCUCUCGCUGGACAGACGGCCAGGGGCUCUGAGCCAGAGCAGGAGGUGGUCGUCCCGAUCCGCCUGGAUCAGGACAUCAACGGCCGCCACUACUACCCGCGGGGGCCAGAGAACGCCGGUGACCAGGGCCUCAUUGUUCAGAUCACAGCGUUUCAGGAGGACUUUUACCUCCACCUGAUACCCGAUGCUCGCUUCCUGGCGCCUACCUUCGCCACAGAGCACCUAGGUGUCCACCUCCCAGGUCUGACCGCGAGCUUUCCGGAUUUGCGACGGUGCUUCUACUCUGGCGAUGUAAACGCUGAGCCGGGCUCUUUCGCCGCGCUGAGCCUGUGUGGGGGGCUCCGCGGAGCUUUCGGCUACGGCGGAUCGGACUACACCAUCAGUCCGCUUCCCAACGCCAGCGCGCCAGCGGCACAGUGCAACAGCCAGGGCGCGCAUCUCCUCCAGCGCCGGGCCGCCCGGGGCAGGGCCCCAGGAGACUCGACCUCCCGCUGCGGAGUGGCCUCCUCGGGAUGGAACCCGGCCAUCCUACAGACCCUAGACCAUUAUAAGCUGCGGCAGCCCAGCUUAGCGGAGGGUCGCCGCGGGCGCAGGGCCGGGCGAGCAAAGCGCUUCGUGUCGAUUCCGCGGUAUGUGGAGACACUGGUAGUGGCGGACCAGUCCAUGGUCAAGUUCCAUGGUGCAGACUUGGAACAUUAUCUACUGACGUUGCUGGCCACUGCAGCACGCCUUUACCGCCAUCCUAGCAUCUUCAAUCCCAUCAGCAUCGUUGUGGUCAAGGUGUUGCUUCUUGGGGAUCGAGACACUGGGCCAAAGGUCACCAGCAACGCAGCCCUGACGCUGCGUAACUUUUGCGCUUGGCAGAAGAAAAUGAAUAAAGUGAGUGACAAGCACCCCGAGUACUGGGACACCGCCAUCCUUUUCACGAGGCAGGACCUGUGUGGCUCCACCACCUGCGACACCCUGGGCAUGGCAGAUGUGGGCACCAUGUGCGACCCCAAGAGAAGCUGCUCUGUGAUUGAGGAUGAUGGGCUUCCAUCGGCCUUCACUACGGCCCAUGAGCUGGGCCACGUGUUCAACAUGCCCCAUGACAAUGUGAAAGUAUGUGAGGAAGUGUUCGGGAAGCUCCGAGCCAAUCACAUGAUGUCCCCAACUCUCAUCCAGAUUGACCGGGUCAGCCCCUGGUCAGCCUGCAGUGCAGCCAUCAUCACCGACUUUCUGGAUAAUGGGCAUGGUGACUGCCUCCUAGACCAACCCAGCAAGCCCAUUGCCCUACCCGAGGAUCUGCCAGGUGCCAGCUACUCCCUGAACCAGCAGUGCGAGUUGGCUUUUGGGGUGGGCUCCAAGCCCUGCCCUUACAUGCAGUAUUGCACCAAGCUAUGGUGCACAGGCAAGGCCAAGGGACAGAUGGUGUGCCAGACCCGCCACUUCCCCUGGGCAGAUGGCACCAGCUGUGGCGAUGGCAAGUUCUGCCUCAAAGGGGUCUGUGUGGAGAGACACGAUGUCAGCCAGCACAAGGUGGAUGGCUUCUGGGCCAAAUGGGAGCCUUAUGGCCCCUGCUCCAGGACAUGUGGAGGAGGUGUGCAGCUAGCUCGGCGGCAAUGCAGCAACCCAGCCCCUGCCAGCGGGGGCAAGUACUGCGAGGGGGUACGAGUCAAGUACCGGUCAUGUAGCCUGGAGCCAUGCCCCAGCUCAGCCCCUGGAAAGAGUUUUCGGGAGGAACAGUGUGAAGCUUUCAAUGGCUACAACCACAGUACCAACCGACUCACCCUGGCUGUGGCCUGGGUGCCUAAGUACUCAGGUGUGUCACCCAGGGACAAAUGCAAGCUUAUCUGCAGAGCCAAUGGCACUGGCUACUUCUAUGUGUUAGCUCCCAAGGUAGUUGAUGGCACUCCAUGUACUCUUGACUCUACCUCUGUCUGCGUCCAAGGCAAGUGUAUCAAGGCUGGCUGUGACGGGAAUCUAGGCUCCAAGAAGAAGUUUGACAAAUGUGGAGUGUGUGGUGGGGACAACAAGAGCUGCAAGAAGGUGACAGGCCUCUUCACCAAGCCCAUGCAUGGCUACAACUUUGUGGUGGCCAUUCCGGCCGGAGCCUCAAACAUUGACAUUCGUCAGCGAGGCUACAAGGGCUUAAUUGGGGAUGACAACUACUUGGCCCUGAAGAACAGCCAAGGCAAGUACCUGCUCAAUGGACACUUCGUGGUGUCAGCUGUGGAGCGGGACCUGGUGGUGAAAGGUAGCCUGCUCCGCUACAGCGGCACAGAGACUGCAGUGGAAAGCCUGCAGGCUUCCCGGCCCAUCCUAGAGCCGCUGACUGUGGAGGUCCUGUCUGUGGGGAAGAUGACACCGCCCCGGGUUCGCUAUUCCUUCUACCUGCCUAAAGAGCCUCGAGAGGACAAGUCUGCUAACCACAAGGACCAUCGGGGCGCCUCUGUGCUGCACAAUAGUGUGCAGAGCCUCUCCAACCAGGUGGAGCAGCUGGAUGGGGGGAUCCCUGCUCGCUGGGUGGCAGGCAGCUGGGGUCCUUGCUCUGUGAGCUGUGGUAGGGGCCUGCAGACCCGGCUGGUGGACUGCCAGAACUCCCUGGGGCAGCUCUCACGCUCUGCCUGUGAUGUGACCCAUCAGCCAAUGGAGACACAGGCCUGUGGGGAGCCCUGCCCAGCCUGGGAGAUUGGGACCUGGUCUCCUUGUUCCAAGAGCUGUGGCCGAGGGUUUAAGAGACGUCCACUUAAAUGUAUGGGGCCAGCAGGACAGCUGCUGGCCCGGCACCAGUGCAGCCUGCACCGGAAGCCUCAGGAGCUGGACUUCUGCAUCUUGAGGCCCUGCUGA